AUGUCUUCACCAACGUCCAGUCGCACUGGGUCAGCAGCCUCUGCGCCACCCGAUUACAAUGUUCCCGCGCGGGUGUUCCAAAUCACCAAGCGGCUCAUGGAGCGGCACUACGAUAUAAACGCAUCAGAUGGUACCACUCUAUUCUAUGGUGAUAUCUCACUCUUCACUCCAAGCAAGCCCGAUCUCACACUCCAUGCGGGCGGUAGCACCCGAGGACCGGUGGUGGCGGUGUCCAAUUUCUUGAAGCUUUCCGGGAACUACAAGCUUGGAGUCGGAAAUCCCGACGACAUGAGCAACGUCCAGUGGGAGGACAUGACCAAAGAGCUUCUCCACAAACCAAAGUACCGCCUGGAGACGACAAUUCCGAGUGACUCUGAUCAAGUUCACGGGGAGAGGCGGACGCUGCUGUGGAAACGCACCCGCAGCAUUGGGGUGGAAGGCGAAACACCAUCUCGAUUGACCAUUCGGAAUUAUAAACUAGUGGAUGAACGCAAUGGGCAGGUUCUGGCCGUCUUUUCAGGCGGCAAAAGACCCGGGCGAGGAGGGAAGAUCGAGAUCAGAGUGGAAUACGGGCAAGACUUUGAUCAUAUGGUUUUGAUAUCUUGUUUGAGUCUGUAUGAGAAAGCGAGGCGGCGCAGCCAUAGAGGGGCGGCAGGCGGAGGUGGAGGUGGUGGCUGA